AUGUCACCGGCGGCGAGGCGCCUCCUGCUCGCCGGAGCCGCUCGUCGCCGCCGCUUCUCCACGGACUCCGCGGCGUCGUACCCGUCCCGGCCGUCGCAGCAGCUGCCCAAGGGCAAGCGGUGGGACGCGGUGGUGAUCGGCGGCGGCCACAACGGCCUCGUCGCGGCCGCCUACCUCGCCCGCGCGGGCCGCUCCGUUGCCGUGCUUGAGCGCCGGGGCAUCCUGGGUGGCGCGGCGGUCUCGGAGUCGGACCUUGUCCCCGGAUUCCGCUUCUCCCGCUGCAGCUACCUCCUCAGCCUCCUCCGCCCCGCCAUCCUCCGCGACCUGGAGCUGGAGAGGCACGGGCUGAAACUGCUGCCGCGGAGCCCUUCGUCGUUCACGCCAUGCCUUGACGGCAGAUACCUGCUUCUUGGUCCGGAUGCAGAGCUAAACUUCUCAGAGAUCAGCAAGUUCUCUAGGAAGGAUGCAGAGGCAUACCCAAGAUACGAGGAGAAGCUGGAGCAGUUCUGCAAGCUCACGGACUUUGCCAUAGACUCGGCUCCACCCGAGCUGAGGCAGGAGGUCCACUUCUCUAUGAUUGACAGGAUGAAGCAUAGGGUCGAGAAGUCAGCAUUCUGGGGCCACCUUUUUCGGCAUGUGAUGCAGCAGGGGCAGGCGAACAUGGUGGAAUUCUUUGACCUCCUCCUUUCUCCGGCAUCGAAAAUCUUGAACACCUGGUUUGAGAGCGAGAUUUUGAAGGCGACUCUUGCAACUGACGCUGUGAUAGGAGCUAUGGCUGGUGUUCACACUCCAGGUUCUGGAUAUGUUCUCCUACACCAUGUCAUGGGGGAGACUGGUGGUCAACGUGGUGUUUGGGCGUACGUCGAAGGUGGUAUGGGUUCAGUGUCAUCGGCUAUAAGCAAAGCAGCUCUUGAAGCAGGAGUGCAGAUUGUAACAAAUGCCGAGGUUUCCCAAGUAAUGGUUAACAAAACUAGUGGAAUGGUAAAAGGGGUAGCUUUGGCUGAUGGAACAGUGGUGCACUCGCCAGUUGUUCUCUCAAAUGCCACUCCAUACAAAACAUUUGUGGAUCUAGUACCUUCUAGUGUUCUUCCGGAGGACUUCCUCUGUGCAAUUAAGGCAGCAGAUUACAGCUCUGCAACAACAAAGAUUAAUGUGGCUGUCGACAGGCUGCCACAGUUCCAGUGUUGCAAAGACAGCAACCCUGAAGGUGGUCCAGAGCACAUGGGCACCAUACACAUUGGGUCCGAAAGCAUGGAGGAAAUUGACCUUGCAUAUAGGGAAGCAGCAGGCGGCAUCUCAUCCAAAAGACCUGUUAUAGAAAUGACAAUUCCUUCUGUCUUGGAUAAGACCAUCUCUCCACCAGGUCAGCAUGUUAUUAAUCUUUUUGUUCAGUACACACCCUACAAACUUUCAGAAGGCAGUUGGCAGGAUUCUAAUGUCAGAAAAGCCUUUGCUGAGCGAUGCUUUUCUUUAAUUGAUGAAUAUGCACCGGGCUUUAGCUCAUCGGUGGAAGGCUAUGAUAUGCUGACUCCACCUGAUCUUGAAAGAGAGUUUGGUCUAACAGGGGGAAACAUUUUCCACGGUGCAAUGGGCUUAGAUUCUCUUUUCCUCAUGAGGCCCGCCAAGGGAUGGUCAGAUUACAGAACUCCUGUGAAGGGGCUGUACCUCUGCGGGAGCGGCGCACACCCAGGUGGUGGGGUGAUGGGUGCCCCAUGGAGCUUCGCCUGCCUUGCCCAUUGGCUGGCGGAGUUUCCCCACGCCGCUGGGCGGCUAGGGGGCUGGGCUGCACAUGCCGCUGCGUUCGCUGGGCGGUUGUCCGGGCCGAGCUUGCUUGCUGCUGCAUCGCCAUUGUGGCUGUCUGGGUCGAGCUCGCCUUGCUGGCGCCAGGAGAUGCAGAUCUUCGUGAAGACCCUUACUGGCAAGACGAUCACCCUUGAGGUGGAGUCCUCGGACACCAUCGACAAUGUCAAGGCCAAGAUCCAGGACAAGGAGGGCAUCCCACCGGACCAGCAGCGUCUGAUCUUCGCCGGCAAGCAGCUUGAGGAUGGGCGCAUUCUUGCAGACUACAACAUCCAGAAGGAGAGCACCCUCCACCUUAUGCUCCGCCUCAGGGGAGGCAUGCAGAUCUUCGUGAAGACCACGGACCGGCAAGACAAUCACCCUUGA